GCUUCCUGGUCUGUGGUCAGCUGAUCAGAGAGAGUAGGGAGGAUUGGGAAAAGCAUCUCUGUAGCAACCAUCCUCAAUUGGAUUUUUUUUGUUGUUGUAACAUUUCUUUUAGAACGCAAAAUAGAACAUUGUGAGCCUGUAUUUAUUAACGAAGAUAAACUAAGUUUGUUUGGUCGUCUGUAUGCAAGAUUGCGAAUCUAGCAGUUGCCUGAGAUAGAGCUCUGACCCCUGCCACUCUCUCCUCUAUUUACCGGAACGUUCCGCUCCUGGCCAUGGAACGUCCCUUUACCAACUGCCCUGCCAGAAGGAGACGCUGAGAUAAGCAACAGUUUCAGUCUGAGCUGGAUUCAAUGAGGGAGCCAGAGCGGGAGGAGCAACCUGAAGACGCCAUCAUGCCUCCCAAAUUCAAACGACACCUCAAUGAUGAAGAGGUCACGGGAUCCAUAUGCAGCGAGAGGAGGAACCUGCUGGAGGAAGACUCUGAUGAAGAGGAGGACUUCUUCCUGAGGGGACCAACUGGACCCAGAUUUGGAGCUGGAAGUGACACAAUCAGACAAGUGCAGUCGCAGGUUGAUGAGGUCAUCGAUGUGAUGCAGGAGAACAUCUCCAAGGUGAUCGACAGGGGAGAGCGACUUGAGGACCUGCAGGACAAGUCAGAGAGCCUAUCAGACAACGCUUCAGCCUUUAGCACCAGAGCCAAGCAGCUGCACAGGAGGAUGUGGUGGAGAGAUAUGAAGAUGAAGGCCAUCAUAGCUCUGGUGGUGGUCGUUCUGCUACUUAUCAUCAUCAUUCCAGUGAUAUUGCGGUAUCGCUAGUGUCGCCAGGAGGAGGAAGAAUAUCUCCUCAUCUUCCUCCCAUUCUCCUGCACACAGUCCUCCACAUCAGCCAGGGGCCACCACCCAGCCUCCCAGACCCCUGCUGUACCAGCCUGUGUGGCUCUGGGUAGAAGUUGCUCUUAACUACAGAUCUAGGAUCAGCUCACCCUCUUCCAAUGCUAACCUUUUACCGUUAGGUCAGUUUUGUGUUUUCAAUCUUAAGGUCAGUGUCUACUAGAGACCACUUCAUCCUACUCUGUGAGUCCGGGCCAAGGGUGACAUAGGUAGCAUUACGUUGGCGUUACAUAAGGGUUGGUUUUGCUUUGCAAAUGACACCUUAUUUAGGGAAAAGGUUGUCAUUUGACAUGCUGCCUGUGUCUCAGUCCCCUCAUCAAACUUAAGGAGAACUCCAUUCAAUACAUGAUACAUAUCAGCUAGUCCGGUGGUCACCAAACUUUUCUGAGUCAAGAUCUCUUUUACAGUCAAAAAGCAAGCCGAGAUCUACCACUUAGAUUUUUUACAUUACUUAAAAAAUGUAACAUUAACUCAAUAGUUAUGUAGGAAUGAGGUUCUGGCAGCAGGUCUAAUACAUUCUCACAGCAUAUUGGCUAUAUGCCUGGACUGCCAAUAUUGUUCUUCUCAGACCAAAUAAUUUUUCACAACUUGAACUUUGAUAACAAAAUAGAUCAGUUGAUGUAGCACUUGCAAGGCACCCCUAGGGCUGUGGCGGUCAUGACAUUUCAUCAGCUGUGAUUGUCAAGCAAAUAACUGUCGGCCUCAUGGUAAUUGACCUUAAAUUAACAAACACAUUUAACAUCUCCUGACUUCCACACACAGCCUACAAGCCAUUUAAAAUGUCUAAUAAAUCCAUGUAAUAUAGCCUACACCUCCACAAUAAAUCCAUUAUUUAUUUUAGACAGAUCUAAAGAAGCAUGAUAUGAAGAAAUUGUAUUCUAUUUCACAAUACAAUAAUAGCAUACUGCUGAUGUGUCUGACAAAUAGCUGUUGGCUACACUAGUUAAUUUAGCAGACAAGAUUCGUUUAUAAUUCCGUGGUGUUAUAUUAUUUUAUAGUAUGAAGAAUACAAUUUUACAAAACUGAAUAAAAUUAUACAUAUUUUCUCCAAAUGAUUUGAGGGAGUGUGCACAUGCGGCUGUUCUGUGUUGAGCGUUAACAAAGAAAUAGGUACUCCUAUAUUGCCUAAUUUAGAGUUAUUUAUGUAACUUUGGGCUGGCUUUAUGUUUAGAUUUUUAAUACAUGGUAAGGUCGCAUGAUGCAACUUUAAAUCUCUGCUUUGUUUUUUUGCGCAGGCUGAACACAGUCUCUCAUUCACAAUUUGACAACGCCUAGAAGUUCAUGGCGGCAUCCCCUUUGUGGCCGUAAUGCAUCCUAUAAAAACCCAUGCCUUUUGUGGCCGGGAGUGCUGCUUUGUGCCCUUCUCCCUGAGUCUGCUGCGCAAUCCGAAACGUAUCUCUCACACGGCUCUGACACACCAGAGACGCAAUUGUGCGUGUCCUUAUCCAAUUACGAAGUGCAUAUUGAAGAUAUUGGAAGAACUGUCCACAUUUUCUUUUCAUCAGCCAACAAGAUGAGUAAGCCUAACGAAAAUCACUAGCAUAUGUCAAUGUAUGUCAUCCCCAUAGUACAAAAGCCGACCUAUUCUAUGCGAGAAAUGAAUAUUCCAAGCAUAGUCUGGGACAGUUGUGGGAUGCGAUAGAUCCCAAUUUAAUAUAACCACUAGCAUAAAAAAAACGUUUUUAUGCAAUGUGGCUGACGCAACAGAUCAGAACAUAUAGCUUAAAAUGUUAAUAAACUAUUAGGCUAUUUUUUUCCACAUUAUAACCGCAGCAAUGCGCACAUGGUAAUAGGCAAUAAGCGCAAAUGUUCCAUUAGCGGGAAACAAUAUUAUCAAAAGUGACCGCAAAUGCAAAUAUACAUGUAAUGCUUUUACUAUAAAGGUGCAUUUUAAUGGUGAAAACUGGAAACUCACGCGCUGCUUGUAAAUGCCAUUUAGGCUCUACACCCCUUGUAAAGGUGAUUAAUAUGUUUAAUUUUAAGUUAUUUGACCACUUUAGUUGUGAUUCAACCCGUAUUAAAACAUAUAGGCCUAUGGGCUAGACUACACGAGGUGUGCGAAUAUGAUUGAACAAGUCGCAACAAAAAAAAGUAUUUGUUUCUUAUGCUGGGCAUCAUUCACAAGUGAUAAUAUAUCAUUCACACGUGAUAAGCUAAUAUUGUCACCCAUCAGACUAUUCUUGAUUUAAUCUUGUCUUUACAUAUACUAAAUAAUAUAUGUGACAUUAGUUUUGCUUUAGAAUGGACCAUUAUCAUGCACAUGGAUUGAAACGGGGCAGCAGGAAAAAAUCUCACGCAAUUGCAUAGCCUGUUGCACAACAUGAGCUCAUGGGCUCUCAUGAAGUGUUUGAUUAGAUCUUUGAAUAUAUUUGCAUUGAUGUUUAAGUGAUUAGAGGGACAAUAGAGUGCUGAGGACCAGGUAGUUAUCAAGUUUGGUAGGCUACUAAUGACCAUCAGCAGCAUCAGAACUUGGAGAAGCCUAAUUACCGUGACUAAACGGUCAUGUGGAAUUUGACUGCCUUCAUGACAUACGGUCACCGCAACAGCCCUAGGCACAGUUGAGCAUAUAUUUUAGAAUUUGCUUUAUUAUUUUACUGGACGUAUGGUACCUGCAUCUGAUGGUCAUGGUGCUUUCACGACAACUGGGAACUCGGAAAAAUCGAGGUCAAAUCAUGACGUCAGUGAAUUUCAGGUCGUAAUGUCGGAGCACUGAAAGAUGCUGGAGUUACAGAGUUGGAUUACCGUUCAAAACGAUUUUCCCCAGUUGGAUCUCGUUUUUUUCCGAGUUCCGGGAAGUCUGAGAUUUCAGUUCUUUUGUAAAAGCGGUAUUAGUCUCAAGGGAGGGAGAGAGCAGCAGAGGGUCUGCCUCUCACGGUUCCUGCUCUCUCCUUUCCUCAGACCAGAGAGAGGGGACAUACUCUUUCAACUGAUGGCGAAACUCAAGUUGCAUCUGCCUCAGGCACAAAUUCUUGUUGUUCCUAUGACCAAAGAAAGUGAAAUACUCCUCGAUAUUAAAAUAUACACUAUGAGCUGCUAAUAAUAAUAAAAUGCAGGGCUAUCGAUACACUUGGCUACUCAUUCAUUGCAGCUGCAGUGUGAGUGGAAGAGGAGAGAAGAGUGUUUAAUGUUUUGUAAUAGUUUUGAAUUAAAACAGUGUUGACAGUGCUGAAUAAAACUUAGACAUGAACUCACUCAUAAAAACAGCAGUUCUUUGCUGCAUUCUUUGACCGUCUCUCUCUGGACAUGGUUUUAAAAGUUAUGAAAUCUAGGGCCUCUCGAGUAACGCAGCGGUCUAAGGCACCGCAUCGCAGUGCUAGAGGCGUCACUACAGAUCCGGGUUCGAUCACAACCGGCUGUGAUUGGGAGUCACAUAGAGCGGCGCACAAUUGGCCCAGCUUCGUCCUGGUUAGGGGAGGGUUUGACUGGGAGGCGCUUUACUUGGCUUAUCGCGCUCUAAGGGCUCCUUGUGGCAGGCCGGGUGCCUGCAGGCUGACCUCAGUCAUCAGGUGAACGGUGUUUCCUCCGACACAUUGGUGCGGCUGGCUUUCGGGUUAAGCGGGCGGGUGUCAAGAAGCGUGGUUUGGCAGGUCAUGUUUCGGAAGACGCAUGACUCGACCUUCGCCUCCCGAGCCCAUUGGGGAGUUGCAGCGAUGAGACAAGAUCGAAAUUGGGGAGAAGAAAGGGGGUAAAAUACACACAAAAAAGGUAUGAAAUCUCACAUAGGCUAGUAUUAAACUUUGCUGUGGGCGGGGUCGUGAAAGCUGUAGGUAGGCACGGUGAUUUGAGCUAUCUGAUUAUCUCCCGGUCCACCAAGUAGGCAGAGUUUGUAUUUUCAGACAAACAAGACAAGGCUUCUUUCUGUAUAAUAUAAUAUAUGCCAUUUAGCAGACGCUUUUAUCCAAAGCGACUUACAGUCAUGUGCGCAUA